AUGGAAAUCGAUGAUGACACUAAGUUUAUAAGCAAAUUGAAAGAAAAAAUUCCUAAUCUUAUUGAUCCAUAGUAUGAAAAGGAUGUCAACCUUAUGAAAGAUGUCAAUAUCAUGGGGUAUUUUCUAGAAAUACUUGAAUUAAUGAAAACAAGUUAGCUUCCUAUUGAACAAUUAUUACUUCAUUAUUCACAAUAAAAAUUUCAUAUACAAAGUGGUGUAACUAGUAAAAUGAAAUCAUUUGUAACCAUCUUGUUAUACAGCUAUAUGAAAAAAUCAAAUAAUUCAUAAGACCUUUCAUACAUCAAGAGAUAUUUUCAAUUAAAAAAAUCAAAUUCAUCAAUUUCUUUCUACAUAAAACUAAGAAAGACUAUCAUCACUAAUUUUUCAUAUAAUUCUAGAACUCAAAUGCUUGAUGGACUAAAUUUGAAAUUUGAUGAUUGGUCAACUUUGACAACCCGGUUUUUAGGAGCUGAAUCUAUAUCUUAAAUUGGGGCUCGAGUUAAAGAAGUGAAUUCCAAAACUAAAGUGUAUGAUAAAAUCUUGACAAACUCAAUUGAUGCUGUCUUCUUUGUACAAACAUGUGUAGAUUUAUUUGAAUCAAAAGACAAAUCAAAUCUGCAUUAGGAAAAAGAGAAGGAAAAAAGAUCAUAAUCCUAGAAUUCAUAAAAUGAAAAUUCAUAAAAUGUUUCAUAAAAUUAAAUUCAAGAUGAGGAAGGAAGUUAAAACGAAGAAGGAAAUAGUUUGAUUGAAUCCCCAGAAGAAAUUUAAUAAUCAAUUUAAAUUGCCUUAAAUCCAACAUCAAAUAUCCAAUAAAAAUAGGAAAAUGUAGAAUCAAAAGAUAAAUCAAAUGUUAUUCAAUAGAAAUUAAUUAAUUCUUUAUAAGAAACAAAAUACUAAUUGCUGGAGAAUUAAAUGAAAUCAGAAGAAGCAAUCAAGAAAGUUUUAAAAGUUGUUGACAUUGUACUUCUUGACUAUGAAAGUUUAGUAAAACACAGUAAAAAGCAGCAGUUAUUCAUCUAACAAUUAGUUGAUAAAUGCAAAAAUUCCCAUAAUUUAACAGAAUAAGAGAAAAAAUAAUUUUAAGAACUCAAUUCGCAUUAAUUGUUGUAAAAUGAUUUCAAAGCAUAACUUUAAUAAACAGGAAUUCAUAAAUUUAUCAAGUGAAUCAAUCAGUAUUUCAUAUUAAAUUUUUAAUUAUUAUUUAAGUUUAAUCAUAA